AUGCUCGCCGUUACCGCCCAACACAUCACUCUGCCUUCGGGCCGCAUCCUUUGGACCGAGGUAUUCGGUGCCGGCUCUUCGGCUUCUCCGGCCAUACUUUUCGCUAAUGGCAUGGCAUCAACGACUAACGCUUGGAAUUCACUGAUUUCUUCCCUUCCUGAGUCCUUUCUUGCUACCCACACAAUCGUCCUCCAUGAUGCCGCAAACACUGGCAAGUCAGUCUACCAGCCCGACCUCCCAGCGCCCACGCUUGCUUCCUUUGCGACCGAGGCCCGCUCUGUCCUCGAGUACCUAGGCUUUGAGGCGGGUUACUGGGUCGGCCACAGCUUUGGCGGACAACAGGGUUUUGUGGCCGCCGCCCAAGACGCUCAAUUCUGGAAAGGGCUCCUACUGCUAGCACCACAGACGGAUCGCAUAACACCACGGACUAUAAGCUCUAUGCACGCCAUGAUGGAUGUCUUCGCCGCGGAUCCGGAAACGGCGGCGUACGCCAACGAGAUUCACGGCACACCGGGGCCCAGCAUGGCGGCCCGGAACGGCAUAUAUGGCGCUUUCGCGCGCGAGAUGGCCCUGAGGCAGCGGAGCGAGGGGCUAGCGCUCGCCUUCCGAGCGCUGCUGGCGCCAAGGGAGGGUGAUUUUGCAUGGCGGCACAUGAGGACAAGAAUAGUUAUGGUUUUCGGUGGGAAGGAUGAGAUUGCCCCUAUCAGCGAGGGGUUGUACGCACUUGGUAGGUUAGAGGGUGUAGAAGGAGUGCAGGGGCAGUUGGUGGUUCUGGAGGAGGCGGGCCACUGGAUGAAUUGGGAGUACGAGGAGCAUACAAAAGAGGAGGUGAUGAGGUUGGUCGCAGGUACUAGUUAG